AUGGAAUCGGUGAGCUCCGGCGACGGCUAUCCCCAGCUACGGACGACCGUCGGCCAGCGCCGGCUCCGUCGGCACGGCGCCGAUCCUCGCCCGCGACCCUCGACGGCCAUCCACCCGAGCCCAUCCAUGGAGGGAGAGGCCGUUGACGCCGAGCUGCGGCUCGGCCCUCCGCGCAGCGGCGGCGCGUCGGCGGAGAGCAAGUACGUCAAGGUGAGCGUGGAAGGAGCCCGGUACCAGCGGAAGGUGGACCUGAUGGCUUACGGAGGGCACGCGGAGCUCAGGGCGGCGCUCCUGGGCUUGGCUGGCCAGAUGCUGGACUUGGUCGUCGCCUACAAGGACGAGGACGGCGACAUCUUGCUCGCCGGCGACCUCCCCUGGGACAUGUUCGUCCCCGACUGCAGGAGCAUCAGGAUUAUGAGACGGUCGACGACGGUGACAAGCAGCUAGAGCAGCAACGUAACAUCUCCGUGUCGUGUCAGUCUCAGUCGUUGCCGUUGGUGUUUUUCUUAGCUGCGUUUAUGUUGGCGAAAUUUCUACUACAUCUUGCUUGGUGCUGUUGCA